AUGCAAAUGGCCCACGCUCAAGGCGUGCACCCACCUCCUCCCCAAGGGCUGCAGGCAACCCCUUUCCACCCGCAUGCGGCUCCCAGCGCUCAACUAGAAACGCCCCAACUCACAGGGGCACCUCAACCUCAACCAUCGGGAAAUUUUGAGUCGACUCAAACGUCGGCUCCCAGUGCUCAACUGGACUCGCCCCAACUCACAGGGACAAAUCAACCAGCGGGAACGGUUCAGAACACGCAUCAGUCGAUGGCAGGGGAUGGUGGUGUAGCAAGGGGAGAUGGUCGGGUGCAGCAAGGGCAGCCGCAGGAUGGGGCAGAGGCGGCUCAGCAAAGCAGUGCGGUUCUGCAGGAGGUGGGGAGGGAGGCGGGGGGGAGAGGAGGGGCCGGAGGGGCGGUAGGAAGUGCAGAAGGCAGUGUGACAGGAGGGGGAGCAGCAGGAGGGGGAGCAGGAGGAGGAGGAGCAGCAGGAGGGGGAGCAGGAGGGGCAGCAGGAGGAGGGGGAGCAGCAGGGGGUGCAAUGGCGUAUGAGAAUUCUCAGAACGUACAUGAAGGUGUGUCUGCAGGAGGGGCAGGGGAGGAGGAGUGGGAGGAGGAGUGGGAGGAUGAUGAGGGAGCGAUGGGACAGGUAGAGGGUGGUGAGGGGUUGAUGGGGGAAGGAUUGGAGGGUGGAAGAGAAGGAGGAGAGGAAGGAAGAGUGGUGGGAGGAGAGGAGGGAGGGGAGGAAGGAGUAGAGGAGGGAGUAAUGGCGGGAAUGGAGGGAAUGGAGGUUGAAGGGAGGAGUGCUGCUGUGUAUAACGAGGAGGAGGAUGAGCAGUUUCAAGCUGACCUGCAACGAGCCAUGCAACAGAGCAUAGAGGAUCUGGAGCGUUCAUCUCACUCCCACUACUACCACUCUGCCGCCCGGCAACCCCCCAAGCACCAAUCAGAAGCAUCCCUAAACCCCGCCAGCUCAGAAAGAGGCACCGACAGCCUGGCAACAGCGCCUGCCACGUCAGCAGACUGGGAUGCCAGCGUGGCGCUGACGCUACGAGAGGAGAUGCCCCAAGGAGGAGAGGAGGGGUUGGUGGGGCUGAGGAAUGAGAUUGGCGAAUACAACUGCUUCCUCAAUGUCAUCAUUCAGUCCCUCUGGCACUUACGUAAGUUCCGGGAGCGUUUGUUGCACCCGUCCUGUCAACAACACACCCAUCAGGGCGAUCCCUGUGUGGUCUGCGCUUUAAGAGACAUAUUCCUGGCUCUCAACACCACCAGCACUGCCACCGUCACCGCUCCCAACCCAUCCAUCACCACAGCUGCCACCACCACUACCACAGCCAACACCUGUUCCACACUCUCUACUGCCAUUGUUCCUUAUGCCGCCUCCGGUGCUCCUCCUUCUGCCUCUGGAGCUCCUGCUUCUGCCGCCGGUGCUGCAGCUGCAGCUGCAGCUGCACCUGUCUCGUUGCGACCCGCUUGGAAAGCUUCCCCAGCAGCGGCAGCAGCAGGAGCAGCAGCAGCAGCAGUGGGAUCCAGGGUGGCAGUUUCCCAAACUGCUGGCUCCUCUGCUUCUGCUGCCGAUGCUGCUGCUUUCCCUCCUCUCAGCACCUCUGAUUUCCCUGUACUUAGCAGCAGCAGCGGCGGCAGCAGCAGCAGCGGCAGCAGCGGCAGCGCUGCAGCGGUGUCAUCCCCUCUAGAAGUCGAUUCGCUAUCUGACGCUGAGAGUGCGUCAGUCAGCAAAAGGAGCAAGAGGACACAGCAGAGCAAUGCCUGGGGGGCGUCGCAGCAGACUCAUAGCAGCAGCAGUGGGAUGCAACAGAUUAAUCCACAACCACAGGCACAGGCACAACCCUUAACACAGCCCUCCACACACAGUAGUUAUGCCACUGCUCUGGCAGAGCGUGGUGGAACCAGGAGUGCACACACCAGCACUGCUGGUAGCACGGUCACCAGUGCGGUUACCAGUGCAGCUGCUAAUAGUGCGGCAGAGGCAGUUUUCCCUGGUAUUGACGCGGUUACACACGCAGAGCUCGCUUCACCUGCAGCAGCAGCAGGGGUGGCAGUGGUGGCAGUGGCACCAGCAGCAGGGGAAGGGGCGGGCCCCUCGGUUCGGACUGUAGUGGCGCCCACAGCGCUAAGAGUGGCACUUAGUGCCAUGUUUGCCGACUCGGAGUUCUUCCAACAGUCUCAGAUGAACGAUGCGUCAGAGGUUCUCCUAGUCAUCUUCGACUGCCUUCACCGAGCCUUCACCGAGCCUGUAGCUGGGACAGCUGGUUCGGAAUCAGAAGGAGCUUCCAAUGUCAAAGCCACAGCUGUCAACUUUUCGACAGACCAUUCUUUUAUUGAUCCGGGCACCAGUGCAGCCAAUCAGAAACCAGCAGGAAGUUGGGACUGCCCGGCCUCAACAGCAGCUUGGGACCGAGCCUACCUUGCAGCUUCGGCAGACAGCUCAGCCCUGGGUGUGGGGUCCGUGCCGAACCAAACCACAGCUCCGGGGCAGAGACAUGAUGUAGGCUCGGCAGCAGGGUCGGGGACAGCCUCGGGGAGUGGGGCUGCUGUGUCUGCCUCUCCCCUCUCCUAUGGUGCUGUGGUUGCCAGAGGGAAAGGCGGGGCCAACACCACUGCAGCUUCUGCAGCUGCUGCGGCUGUGAAUGGUAGGAAAUCCGGUGGGGGGUUAGGAUCAGGAAGUAGAGUAGGGGACAGUGUAGCAACAGGAGUAGGAGCAGGAGGACCAGGAGGAGGGGCAGGAGGGGAAGCAGGUGCGGGUGGUGUGGUGGGUGCUGCAGCCGCAGCAGCGGCAGCAGAGGUGGCAGGGGAGGCGGCAGCAGCAGCAUGUAUAGCACACGGGCUGUUUGGGCUGGACGUGACAGAGAUGAUGCGGUGCUCCCGCUGCGGCCUGCAGUCCCGCCAGAUGCGCUACUCCUCCUUCUUCCACCACGCUAAUGCUACUGCUCUUAGGCUCUCAAAGCUGGGCAACCCUAAUUGUCGCAUGGACGAGCUAUUAGCGGGCAUGGAGCAGCACCACCUGCUGCCAUGUGACACUGACGUGGGGGGGUGCGGGCACCCCAACGCCAUUCAGCAUGUCUUGCGCCGCGCUCCACCCAUCUUCACCACUGUCCUGGGGUGGCAGAGCGACAGGGAGGAAGCAGAGGAUAUCGGUCUAACUCUGGAAGCACUGGACGUGCACAUGGACGUGGGAGUGGUGUACCGGGGCCUGGCGGGCCCGCAGAGGGUGCGCGUGGUGUGUGUGGUGUGCUACUACGGGCGACACUACCACUGCUUCUCCUUCCAUGCGGACCUGGGCAAGUGGGUCAUGUUCGACGAUACCACCGUCAAGGUGGUUGGGGGCUGGGCAGAUGUGGUGAGCUCAUGCACUCGAGGCCGCUUGCAACCUCAAGUGUUGUUCUAUGAGGCAUGCUAG